CUCAACAAUAUUUGAAUUAGUGCAACAUGUCAAGAUAGCGAAUCUCCUCAGUGUCGGUCGGUGGGCAGCGCGAGGCGUGUCUGCAGCGUGGGCUGUGGGACCGUGUUUCUCCUCACCACUCCCAUUUACCGGCGGCUGAACUGCAGAAACACUACGUCCUCUCUGACAGUGCUUCAUUUAUAACGCACGCAGCUCAAUAGACGUCUCGGGGAAAGAAACGCUUCUCUCAUCGGAGUGUCUUUCACAAAGCGGACGGGAAUAAUUCAUUGGUGGACGGUUGCAUAUGACUUGGGAUAAUGUUUGGAUAUACUGGAGUAGAGGCGAGGACUUCCAGUGAUCGCGUGGAUUAGAUGACUUUGAUCAAUUUGUGCAGAACAACUAUGUUUGCGUGUAUAUGGCUCGCUUUCCAGCGGACUGAUUGCCGUUUCAGUGGUUCGAUGUGAUGUGGAUACUUGUCAAGGACAUCGUGCGUAAUAAACGAGCCGUUCAGGAGAGAGACGGCGAUGCAUCAGAGCUCUACAGCAGCCCGGGAAAACAUUCUCUUAGCACUAUUGUGAUCGCGCCCGGUGGAUGCGCGUCUGCUUAGGCGAUGAUCUUCAGCUGUCAACUCGUCAGAGAGUUCGUGCGCGCGCUCGGAGGGCUAUAGGAUUCGUCGGACCCGUCUGUAGAGCAAAGUUAAGCUGAUUCUGGAUCCCGAGAUCAAAAAACAAGACAGAUUGGUGUAUCGUGGCCAAUGACUCAAUGACUGCCGUAGAGCUCCUGUAUCUGGCUUAGUAGUGUGGAGUCGUCACACCCUGAAGAGAGGAGAAAAUGGACAGGCAGAAGGACUUGAGAAUGCUGGGUCGGCCUCUCGGAAGGAGCGCACCCAUGGAGCGACUGCUGCUGUGCCUGGCUCUGUUCUCCAUGCCGUCCUAUGCCAUGCUGUGCCCGAAACGCUGCACCUGCCAGAACCUGCUGCCCUCGUACACCGUGCUGUGUGCCAAAACCGGCCUGCUCUUCGUACCACCUAAUAUCGACCGGCAGACUGCUGAGCUGCGACUGAUGGAUAACUUCAUCACCACCCUGCGCCACCAAGACUUCGCUAACAUGAGCAGCCUCAUACACCUCACGCUCUCUCGCAACACCAUCAGCCAGAUCCGACCGUACGCCUUUGCUGACCUGCAGGAUCUGCAUGCGCUGCAUCUGGACGCAAACCGGCUGACGGUGCUGGACGACACCCACCUGCAGGGGCUGGUGAAUCUGCGCCACCUUAUACUCGCCAACAACCAGCUUCACAGCAUCUCCGAUGGAGCCUUCCAAGACUUCCUAGAAACUUUGGAGGAUCUCGAUCUUUCUUAUAACAAUCUGGUGGACUUGCCGUGGGACACUAUAGCCAUGCUAGCCAGCGUCAACACCCUCAGCUUGGACCACAAUCUCAUUGAGUUUGUUCCCGAAGGGAUAUUUUCGAAUCUUCACAAACUGGCCCGACUGGAUAUGACAUCCAACAAGUUGAAGAAGAUCCCCCCAGAUCCUUUAUUCCUACGCAUCCCAGUCUAUGCCAAAAUGAAAGGCUCGCCGCUGACCGCGUUGGUUCUCAGUUUCGGCGGGAACCCGCUGCAUUGCAACUGCGAGCUGGUUUGGUUGCGACGACUCACCCGGGAGGAUGAUCUGGAGACGUGCGCGUCACCACGAGACUUGGCUGGCAAGUACUUUUGGACGAUUCGCGAGGAGGAAUUUGUUUGCGAGCCACCUAUGAUCACUCGUCACACUUCCAAGAUGUUCGUAAUGGAGGGUCAAGAGGUUAGUUUGAGAUGCCGCUCCGUCGGAGACCCCGAGCCGACCGUCCACUGGGUCAGUCCGGACGGAAAGCUAAUCGGCAACACCUCGCGCACCGUAUGCUACGAGAACGGCUCUUUGGAUAUUUUGACAGCCACGGUAAAGGACUCCGGCGUGUUCACCUGCAUAGCCUCGAAUGCAGCCGGCGAGGCCACGGCUCCUGUGGAAUUAGUUGUGAACCCUUCGCCGCAUUACGACCCCAAACUAGAGCCUGAACCAGGACCCUCGGACAUGCCGACCUCUAUAAAGUCCAACAGCAGUGGUAGUGGUGGCCAGGCUCGAGCUGAUCAGCGGGUCAGCGUCUCAGAAAUAACCUCAAGCUCAGCGAUGAUCCGCUGGCCUCCUCAAAGCCACAUCCCUGGAGUUCGCAUGUACCAGAUCCAGUACAACAGCUCCACCGACGACAUCCUCAUAUACAGAAUGAUUCCUGCCUCCCAAAAGUUGUUCUUACUGAGCGAUCUGGCCUCGUCGCGUGACUAUGAGCUCUGCAUCCUGGCCGUCUACGAUGAUGGCAUCACGACCCUCACCGCUACGCGACUGGUGGGUUGCAUUUCCUUCACCACGGAGCGCGAGUUCCGCCACUGCCGCUCCAUCCACGACCAGUUCCUCGGUGGCACCAUGAUCAUCGUCAUCGGUGGGAUCAUCGUGGCGUCAGUCCUCGUCUUCAUCUUCAUCCUGCUGAUGAAGUACAAACUUCACAGCCAGCACUACAAGCAGAAGGCUGCCUGUGUCAGUAAUGUUUGUUCUCAGACCAACGGGGGCCAGCAGGGGGCGGCAUCGGCUCCUCCGCCCCGCUCGUCCUCAUCUUCGGGAUCCGCCAGCAAGCCUUCUGUCCCAUUCGGGUCGGACAGACAAGAAGGGUCCCAUGGUCUAGAGGGGGGUUACGGAGCACUUAAAGGGACCACGGUGGUGGACUUAAACCCAGAAUAUGGGAAAACCGUCAGGGAGGAUGACUCCUUAUCGCAAUAACACAGGGUUCGAUCCCACCUCCCUUCCCAUUCUCUUCACACCUCAACCCAUUCUGUUUAUUUUCUGUUGCCUGCGUCCUGCAGCCUUACUGAGGAUAUUCUCCUGUCCAAGGCAUACUCACAAUCUGGAAGCCAAAUGCAAAACGGCAGAUUAAAUGGGAUUGGAUCCAAUCUAUUAGUAGGACAAGCAGCCGCGGUCGGAAGGCAAACACAACAGGCUCUCCGUGUUCAAUUCUUUAUGCAAAACUCUCUCUUGACCAUGGAUAUCAUGUGCCUCUUUGGUGCAUAUGAGCAAUGUUUUCUAUUUUAAACCAGAGAUCAUUGCCCCAAGAGAGAAGAACCAUCAAAUCAUUCAAUGGGAAGAGAGAGGGAAACGAUCUCCAGUUGUUUUUUGUGGGAAAUAUUAUGACAAAAUAUCAGUGUUAAAUAGACGAAGCAGCUCUGGUCCAGUGCCAAAGGACUGAAACGUGGGGAUUUAAUUCUCUCCCGAAGGCUCGUACGGAUACAAACUUAUCAAAGUUCGAUGAAAUAUUGACGAGUCAGUAUUGAGUUAACAUUUGGGGACCUUCUGGAGCUCUUUAUUAUGGAUUCCUCUGUAUCGUCUCGGUUAAUGACUCGCUCUCUCUCUCUUUAUUGGGAAACUGAACACACGGAUCGAUAUUCAGCUGAUUAACAAACAUGGGGAGUGUGUUCUUGGGAUCUGGAGAUUAGGUCAAACAGGAGAGGCA